AGCGGCCGAAAUGAAGUUCAAUCCCUUUGUGACUUCUGACCGAAGCAAGAACUGGAAAAGGCAUUUCAACGUGCCUUCCCACAUUCGCAGGAAGAUUAUGUCUUCCCCUCUUUCUAAAGAGCUGAGACAGAAGUACAAUGUCCGAUCCAUGCCCAUCCGAAAGAAUGAUGAAGCUCAGGUGGUAGGAGGGCACUACAAAGGGCAGCAAAUUGGCAAAGUAGUCCAGGUUUACAGGAAGAAAUAUGUCAUCUACACUGAACGAGUGCAGCGGGAGAAGGCUACUGGCACGACUGUCCAUGCGGGCAUUCACCCCAGCAAGGUGGUUAUCACCAGACUAAAACUGGGCAAGGAAUGCAAAAAGAUCCUCGAACGUAAAGCCAAAUCUCACCAAGUAGGAAAGGAAAAGGGCAAAUAUAAGGAAGAAACAAUUGAGAAGAUGCAGGAAUGA